CGCCGGCAAUUCCCGCUCCGUCAGUGUAACUACAACUAUAGUACAACUCCCUGGCCAUUAAGUCAUACCAUCAUCGUUCCUCCUCCCUCCGAAAUCCAGCCAGCCUCCUCUUUUCACACCUUGAUCCCUCCUCUCUCCUUCCUGUUCUUCCUUCCUUCUUCUUCCUUCCUUCUCUCUUCUCCUCCCCCUCCCAAUUAUACCAUACCCACAUCAAUUGCUUCAUCCCUACCAUCCCACACACUCAAUUCCUCCCAUCCCACCUUCAAGAGACCCUAGAAUCCAUCAAAAAAACACAAUGGUUCUCGCACGCCCUCAGAUCCUCCGCGCCUCCGCCCGAGCCCUCGGCACCGUGCGACAAACUGUGCCCACCCAGCAAUUCGCUCGUCGAACAUACGCCCAAGCCGCCGAAUCGACCAACAAGUCCUCCGAUCUUCCUUGGCUCAUCGGCUCCCUCGGCCUCGGCAUUCCAGGAGCCUACUACCUCCUGGCAACGGGCCCCAAAGCCGCCGCCUCCUCGCACGACACGCCGGACACGCACCACCACGGCGAACCCAAGGGCAAGACCUCGACCUCGGCCCCGAUCGAGAAGGAAGAAUCCGCCUCGGCCCAGGACUCGGCCCCUCAACCGGACCGGGACGCCGAACAGAAGACCGAGUCGGACUCGGGAGCAGCAGCAGCAACCGCUUCGACGGAUGGGAAGGCGCCGUCGGAGGCUGAUGAGCCCUCAACUCGCAAGGAAGCGGGGAAUGCGUCGACCAUCUCCGGCAAGCAGGAGGGGAUUUCCAAUGCCACUACGGAUCAUCCGCAUGUGAACGAGCCCGGGAAGAGUGUCAAGGGGGAGGGCGAGACGGAGACGGCCAAGGUUAAGGGGACGGUGUCUCCGGAUCGUCCGCAGCAGUAGAUAGACAACCAAAAUUCCUCGUUCGCUUCGGCCGGGGGUUUUCUGUAUGAUGCAAUGUUUUUUUAUUUUUUUUUUUCAUGUAUAAGACCAUGAAUUUUCCUCAAGAA